AUGGCUAAAGAUGUUGAGGUUCAAGAGCAAGGAGAAUACUCUGCCAAAGACUAUCAUGACCCUCCUCCAGCACCCUUGUUCGACCCAGAAGAGCUCACACAGUGGUCCUUCUAUAGAGCCCUUAUUGCUGAGUUCAUAGCAACUCUUCUCUUCCUCUAUGUCACGGUGCUAACCAUUAUUGGGUACAAAAGACAGACUGAUACUAAUGUUGGUGGCACAGAGUGUGAUGGGGUUGGCAUCUUGGGCAUCGCUUGGGCCUUUGGUGGCAUGAUCUUCAUCCUUGUUUACUGCACUGCGGGUAUUUCAGGAGGACACAUAAACCCAGCUGUGACAUUCGGGCUGUUCCUAGGACGCAAGGUGUCUUUGAUAAGGGCGUUGUUGUACAUGGUAGCUCAGUGUGCUGGUGCUAUCUGUGGCACUGGACUGGCCAAGGGUUUCCAAAAAGCAUACUACAACAGGUAUGGAGGUGGUGCUAACUCUGUUGCUGAUGGCUACAACAAGGGUACUGCUUUGGGCGCUGAGAUUAUUGGUACCUUCGUUCUUGUCUACACUGUCUUCUCUGCCACUGACCCUAAGAGGAACGCUAGGGACUCCCAUGUUCCUGUCCUAGCACCACUCCCCAUUGGCUUUGCUGUGUUCAUGGUUCACUUGGCUACAAUCCCAGUAACGGGCACUGGCAUUAACCCAGCAAGGAGUUUCGGAGCAGCUGUAAUUUACAAUAAUGAAAAAAUAUGGGAUGAUCAGUGGAUUUUCUGGGUUGGACCAAUUGUUGGAGCAGCAGUGGCUGCAUUCUACCACCAAUACAUCCUUAGAGCAGCAGCUAUCAAGGCUCUUGGAUCAUUCAGGAGCAAUGCCUAA